AUGGUACCAGAGAAGCGUGGAUUUCGAGAACAGAGAGGGUUGGCAGGUGUGAACAAUCUGAUCAUCGAGCUCAAUGACCAGGUCCUUCCUCAAACUCAGGAAUCAAUGAGCAGCAAUAUUCCAAGUGUUCUUGCUAAAUUGGAAGCUGCAAAGCAAAUUACCAACAGGAUCCAGCAGAGAGAGCCAGAAGCAGAUCAGAAAGAUCGGCUGCAAGCCAACAGAGAAAGGCGCAAGGCUGAAUGGGAAGCCUUUGUAAUUGAACAGCGCCGCAAAAGUGCAGAGGUGGAGGAGGAACAUGCGAAAACAGUGGAAUGGUUGAAAGAACAAUAUGUGAGAAUGGAAGAGGACCUGGCAAAGUUCAGGACUUUCUGACUUCACUACACAGUUAUUGGCCUGUGCCCUUUGCUGACCAAGGCUGUUGAGUGUGAUCAUGGCAGUCAAUAUCUUUUAAACCUACCUGUGUGUCAGGGUGUGUAAAGAAAUAUAACACUUAAAAUAAUGUCAUCCUUCAAAUAGUCUGGAUUUUGAUGUCUGCAUUGCCGAUUCAAAAACGUUCUUUGAUUCUGCCAACAGAAGAGAUUAUAUAGAAUUUUCCAUCAAGAUACAUCUGAUUUUAAAUAUUUACAAAUUAUCUGAGUGAGAAAUGAUAACAUUUCUGUAAAAGCCUUAUCACCAACAUCCUGAAGGGUUUUGUAAUUAUUUUUAAAAUGCAGUCACUGUUAACAUGUACAUAGCUUGGGAUUAAUAUUUAAUUUCUAAUUGCAAUAAGAUUUUUCAAUACUUUAGAGUCUGUUGAAUGUCUAAAUGUUCUGUUGAAUUAAAAAUUGAAACUUUACAUGAUCCUUAUUUCCAAGACAUGAGAAUGUAAGUGAAAUAAAGUGCUUACAAAAGGAA